AUCAUGAGGUGGAAGGAACUGCCCAAGGAGCUCAGAGACAGAAUUGUGGGCAAGGCACAGAUCUGGCCAAGGUUACUAAAGAAUUUCUGCAGCACUCAAGGUUCCUAAGAACACAGUGGCCUCCAUAAUCCUUAAAUGGAAGAAGUUUGGGACAACCUCAACUCUUCCUAGACGUGGCCGUCCAGCCAAACUAAGCAAUCGUGGGAGAAGAGCCUUGGUGAGAGACGUAAAGAAGAACCCAAAGAUCACUGUGGCUGAGCUCUGGAGAUGGGAGAUGAUUCCACAAAGUCGACUAUGACUGCAGCCCUCCAACAGUCGGGGUUUUAUGGCAGAUUGGUCCGACAGAAGCCUCUCCUCAGUGCGAGAGAUAAGAAAGUCUGCAUUGAAUUUUCCAAAAAACACAUGAAGGACUCCCAGACUGUGAGAAAUAAGAUUUUCUGGUCUCAUGAGACCAAGACUGAACUUUUUGGUGUUAAUUCUAAGUGGUAUGUGUGAAGAAAACCAGGCACUGCUCACCACCUGCCCAAUGCAAUCCCAACAGUGAAACAUGGUGGUGGCAGCAUCAUGAUGUGGGGGUGUUUGUCAGCUGCAGGGACAGGACGACUGACUGGUUUCAAUUGAAGGAAAGAUGAACGCGGCCAAGUAUAGAGAUAUCCUGGAAAAAAAACCCUCUUCCAGAGUGCUCAGGACCUCAGACUGGGCCGAAGGUUCACCUUCCAACAAGACAAUGACCUUAAACACACAGCUAAAAUUACAAAGGAGUGGCUUUGUAACAACUCUGUGACCAUUCCUGACUGGCCGGAAUCUGCAAAAAUGUCCACAUCUUGUUUUUUUCUGUCAAGAUGGCGUGCUGAGUGUACAUUAAGAAAUAAAAAUAACUUUUUUAAAAAUUAUUCUAGCAAAUAGCUGCAAUGAAACAUCUAUCCAUCCAUUUUCUACCGCUUGUCCCUUUUAGGGUCACAGGGGGCUGGAGCCGGCCGCACUCUGGCGGAAGGCAGGGUACCCGCUGGACAAGUGGCCACCUCCCACACAGAUAGACAACAUUCAAACUCACAUAGUGUUGCCAAUCAGCUUAUCCCCAUGCAGCGGCCUUUGGAGGUGGAAGGAAGCCGGAGUACCCGAAGGGAACCCAUGCAGUCACAGGGAGAAUAUGCAAACUCCACACAGAAAGACCUAGAGACCGGGAGUUGAGCCUACUACCAUCUUAUUGUGAGGAUGUGUGCUUGAAAGUGCACUGACGGAGGUCAAACAUGGAAGCUGAGUGGAACUGCAGCUUCCAAUGUGAAUCACCACUCUGUCUCAUCCACUCAGAAGUCAACAGGCAGGAGAGCAUAGAGGUGAUGUACAGACUGUGCACUCUCAGCAAGAUGACCGCGGAUCCUCCGAGGCGCUCCCUCUCACCUGUGCUGAGCGCCGUGGUGUGGACGCUGCUCUCCUGCGGCAUCGUGCUGGCCUUUUGCUUCCUGCUCUUCACCCUGCGCUUCAAAAACAACAGGAUUGUCAAGAUGUCCAGUCCCAACCUGAAUGUCCUGAGUCUCUUUGGAAGCAUCCUGACCUACAGCAGUGGCUUCCUGUUCGCUACGGAUGGCCGAUCACACCCGCAAAUGGAAGCGUCGACGGCAGUGCUUCAUGCUCAGGUUUGGACUCUCUGUCUCGGCAGCACAAUGGUGUUUGGACCUAUUUUGGGGAAAACGUGGAGACUGUACAGGGUGUUCACUCAGAGAGUGCCUGACAAGAGAGUGAUCAUUCGAGACAUCCAGCUGAUGGCUAUGGUUGCCCUCCUGCUCCUGAUGGACCUGCUGGUUCUUACUGCCUGGAACCUCACGGAUCCGAUUCGUUGUUCUCAAUCAGUCACUGCGGUGGUGAAGAUGUUGGAAAAAGACAUAUCCUACUCUUUGUCUCAGCUUCAUUCCUGUUCAUCUGUGAACUCGCAUCUUUGGUGCAUCAUUAUAGCUGUUAAAAAGGGUUGUCUCCUCCUCUAUGGAACAUAUCUAGCCGGCCUGACCAGCAAUGUCAGCCACCCUCCGGUCAACCAGUCUCCCACCAUCCUAACCGCUGUCACUUUGGUGGCCCUCUGCUCCACUGUGGUCAUCCCCGUGUCCGUCUUCAUGCAGGGUUGGCCCAAUUUGGUUUACAGCACUGUGGGUGGAGCCAUUUUCAUCUGUACGCUGGCCACCAACUGCAUGUUGUUUGUUCCUCAGCUGGCUGAGUGGCGGAACUUUGAAGAGGAUCAGAACAACCCGGGUCAGAUGGCCAAGUAUUUCAGCAGCCCCAGUAAGAGCCAGCCUUCAGUGUACAGCCAGGACGACAUCUAUUUCCUGUUGGGGGAGAACAACUCCAUGAAAAAACUGCUCAAUGAGAAGAACGCGGUGAUUGACAGCUUGCAGGAGCAGGUGAACAACGCCAAAGAUAAACUUCUACGUCUGGUAUCAGCCAGCAGAGGGGAUGUGGACUCCACAAAUCUCCCCUCCUCCUCCACUCAGACCACAGAACUUCAAUCCUGUAACCUUCCAGCUUCUCCACCUCAGAGGGACAACAAGUCCAGACUCUCACACGUGUCCGUUUUACCUUGUUUUAUUGAUGCUGACCAUCCAGGGUCUUCUGAGCUCGUCCCUCCAUCAAGCUCCAUAACUCCUCCUGCAGCCCACUCUCCUGUCCUGGGUGGGUUGGUUGUAGAUCCACGUAAGUCCACAGCAGAGGAUGCAGGAUUACUUAGGACAGCAGAGGAGACUGCUCACUUUGUCACUUCAGUCCAAUCGCGUAGAUUGUUAAACCCUUGUGAGGUUGAAACCUUAAGCAACUGCCCAACAUCCCCCUUGGGACCAAGCACCCGACCAACUGGUUUUGUUAGUAGCGAGAAGUUGCAGGAGAUCCUUCAAGAACUUAAUGUGGAAACAGUCUUGUCCAGAAGGCCUUCUCACAUCAAAUUCAUACAGGACUCCUCGCUUUCCCCAAUCUCCUUCCAGACACCCCGCUCCCCGAACCCUACUUUAGUCUUCCACUACCCCAGCAUAUCCCCCUACGCCAUGAGGAAACGUCGGCCACCCUUUCAUUCGCCGAGACGUGGUGUGGCCCCAGCUUGUCUCUACACAAAGGCUGCUAGCUGUAGGCGGACGAGAUACACCAGCGGGGCCCAGAAUCAAAGCAAGCAUCCUGAAGGAGUGAUCCUAAAUGGGGGAGUCACAAUGGGUAGUACCCUCCGGGUUCCUCUUGAGGUGCAAGUGCAGGAUAAAGAAAGCUUGGCAUCAAGGCCUGAUAUAGAUACCUGUGAUAUAAACAUGGGCAGCGAUGCCAGGCAGAACUGUGAAGAAAGGAUGGACCCUUGCCACCACUGGGACUCAGACUCGAGCAGCUCAACAGACUACUGCUUCUACCACCGACCGUACUGUGACUCCUGCUUGCAGAGAGGCUCGAUUUUGUCCUCAGACUCCUCCUCAGACAGCGAGUAUGAAGGUUACAGCCUCUACCGCGCUCCACAUCCUGUUGUGUUCAAGGAAGACCUCAAACCAACACUUGUGUAAACAGGACUUUGAGGCACCAUUUAGUUCAAAUGAUCCUUAAGGACAACUUUAACAACAAGUAAGUUAAACUUCAUUUAACUUAGUGAAAUCAAUUUGACUGCAGUGGGAUAUGUUAUUUAACGGUGCAAAACAGUAUUUCCAAAAGGUGAAUACACCACUCACAUUUCACAACAAUUGUAUUAUAUCUUAGGGACAAUACUGUAAAAAUACAACUUGGAUAAAACUUACAGUAGUCAGUGUCCAGGUUAAAAAGCUGAUAGAUUUAAAAUAUAACACCACAUGUUGCAGUAAGUACCACAACCACAGUUUCCUAAUGCACUCAGGCAGCUGCAGACCAUAAACAAGACACAAUUAACGUACUUCUUACUUGCCAGAUAUUUUGACAACAAUGGCGGUUUGUUGGAUACUAAAUCACUGCUGCUAUUCAAGAUGUAUACUGACUACUCUAAAGUAUAUCCAAGUUGAAUUUGUGCCUUAGGAAGAUAUGCUGUAAUGAAAUGCACCUUUUGUGAUUUACCGUAUAUGCACAGCUGUGUUUAUUUUAUACAUUUAACAGACAUCGAGCUCUGAAUACCCAACAGUACACCUGCAUUAUCUAAUGACAGGAGUUGUAUCAAAAAUGUUGCCUUCAUAUGGAUAAUAAUAUGCUAACUAAAAUAUUAGGAACCGUUCUCAUUUUGAUGCAGACGACAACCACAAUAAUGAACACCUCAGCAUUAUUACGAUACGGCUCUUAUGACAGAUCUCAUUGGAUUAUGCAGGGGUAAGGGACGGCGUGGCGAAGUUGGUAGAGUGGCUGUGCCAGCAAUCGGAGUGUUGCUGGUUACUGGGGUUCAAUCCCCACCUUCUACCUCCCUAGUCACAUCCGUUGUGUCCUUGGGCAAGACACUUCACCCUUUGCCUCUGAUGGCUGCUGGUUAGCGCCUUGCAUGGCAGCUCCCGCCAUCAGUGUGUGACUGUGUGUGUGAAUGGGUAAAUGUGGAAAUACUGUCAAAGCGCUUUGAGUACCUUGAAGGUAGAAAAGCGCUAUACAAGUAUAACCCAUUUAUCAUUUAUUUACUUUAUAUUUAUGUUGGGGCUGGUGAGUGUGUUUUGCAUAUUUACAUAUAUUUUGUUUUUUAUUGACAAAUGAAACUAUUUAAAAAUACACUGGUUAGUGACAUUACAUUGUCAGACUUGACGAUGAAGAAUUUAAGGAACGCUAUAUUUAUUGUGUUAUUUAUUUUUACAAGUUGCUUUCUAGAUCACUUUAGUAAUGUUGUGAUUCAUUUAAAAAUGUGUUUUAAUGUACAACUAGAGUGUUUUAAUUUAUUGGUCUUCUUGUGACAAACACUUCAAGCACAUGAUGUGAGCAUGAGGUGAAUACUCCAUAUUUCUACACUCAAAAUGUUUUGUCUGUAUGUUGGACUAAAAGGGCACAAAGAGACCCCACUGGCCCUCAAACACUUCUCUUUCUUACAUGUUGAUUUUCUUCUCUCUUACUGAUUGCAUGACGAGCCAAACACAAAGUUUAGACACUUAAUUCAUGCCACUGAGUUGCCCAAAGGCAGUAACCAGUCUGGUUUUUAUAUCCGAGUCUGUGCUGCUUCGCUUUAUGCCUCAUUUUAUUACAAUUUAAUCACACCCUAAUUGCUUUGACAGUGAGGGGCCUUUACAAGACCAAUAUAAAGAACCAAUACAUAAUUUACACACUAAUUUGUCUGUACAACACAGCAAUUUCAGGUUAUUUUGUUGUCUUUUCUUGUAUUAUUUUUGCUCUGCUGCAGCCAUAUUUCUGGGGCACUCUUCAUUCUGCAUAUUUGAAGCACUGAAGGGCAGACUGAGUAGAGGAAUUCUCUUUGUAGAGUACAACACAAGACGAUACAAACCACACAAAAGACUCUGCCAGCUUUCAUGUGUGUGGGAGGGAAAAUCUUCCUGAAGAACUAAGAUUAGCUUGUUACACUCCGGUUUGAAGGAUACUGACUGGUCCGCUUAAUGAGAACGAGUGGCUUUAUGAAUAAAUCUGUAUUUAAUAUAAAAUACACACUGGAAUAAAAGAGGGGCGAAACAGUGUCCUGUCGGGUGAAACAAGCCUUGAGAACUGGACUGAAAUAUAACAAAUCAAGUUAACAUCACAAAAUACACA